AUGCAGGGAUUGGUAGGGAGAUCUCGACUACUUCCUGGUUUCAUGCCGUCAUCCCCAGGAGAUGACUGGAGAAGGAUCAUAUCCCCAGGAGAUGACUGGAGAAGGAUCAGAUCCCCAGGAGAUGACUGGAGAAGGAUCAGAUCCCCAGGAGGUGACUGGAGAAGGAUCAGAUCCCCAGCAGGUGACUGGAGAAGGAUCAGAUCCCCAGGAGAUGACUGGAGAAGGAUCAGAUCCCCAGGAGGUGACUGGAGAAGGAUCAGAUCCCCAGGAGAUGACUGGAGAAGGAUCAGAUCCCCAGGAGAUGACUGGAGAAGGAUCAGAUCCCCAGGAGAUGACUGGAGAAGGAUCAGAUCCCCAGGAGGUGACUGGAGAAGGAUCAGAUCCCCAGGAGGUGACUGGAGUAGGAUCAGAUCCCCAGGAGAUGACUGGAGAAGGAUCAGAUCCCCAGGAGAUGACUGGAGAAGGAUCAGAUCCCCAGGAGAUGACUGGAGAAGGAUCAGAUCCCCAGGAGGUGACUGGAGAAGGAUCAGAUCCCCAAGAGGUGAAUGGAGAAGGAUCAGAUCCCCAGGAGAUGACUGGAGAAGGAUCAGAUCCCCAGGAGAUGACUGGAGAAGGAUCAGAUCCCCAGGAGGUGACUGGAGAAGGAUCAGAUCCCCAGGAGGUGAAAGGAGAAGGAUCAGAUCCCCAGGGACACCUACAACGAAGAACUUUAAGAGCUAG